AGGAAGACUCGAUGCCUUUCCUGGUAGUGCCGUUCCAAAGAAAACUGGACGGAGAGCCAAGUUGUAGCUUUCCUACGUAACAUGACCGAUUCACAAGGCAAAACUCUUCAUUGCAAUAUGGGCUACUUCGAAGUAUAAUUUGUGUUUGUGCAUGCAUAAGGCUUUUAACCUCAGCAAAAAAUAGGGAUCGCGGCGGCGGCAGUUUGGCUGACGUCAGAGGCUCUGCUGUACAGUUCUUAGAAUAGAAUUCUUGGAAUUGGUGAUUUUUAUAAGCCAAACCCUCACAGUGUCCUUCACACAUUUGGAUCUCACUCUGGAGACAACACACUUCGAACUGCCGCUUAAGAUUCUACUAAUAUGAAUAAUAUUUUUACUCCUAUAUUGUAGCCAACAUUUCAGAAGGUUACAACAUUUCUAUUGGAAAUACUCGGCGGAUUUCGUGUUAGAACAAAUAGCCUUAUUAAAUUAUUUGCUCCUUUAGUUUUGGCCGUUCUUUUGUCACAAUAUAUUUAACAUAAGAACAUGAUUCUUUGUGUUCAAAGCCCCAGAGCUCUGCCGCAUACAGCCACCGAGUCCCCACUAGACAUGCGGACAUCGAUGGUUCCCUCCCCCCACUGCAUCCCUCCACUGUGGGACCCCACAAAGGACCUCCAUGCAAUCGCCAGCAACUUCUAUUACCUGGACAACUCAGGGUGGUACUGGGGGUCCAUCACAGCAGCCCAGGCCCAUGCAGCUCUACAAGGAGCCUCAGAUGGAUCUUUCCUCGUCCGGGAUAGCAGCCACCCCAUGUAUAUGCUGACCCUGUCUGUCAGGACUGCCCGUGGACCCACCAGUGUACGAAUCCAGUAUAGCAGUGCCCGUUUCCUGCUGGACUCCAGCUCACCAGCCAGGCCAUGUCUGCUCUCCUUCCCUAACGUGCCCAGCCUCGUGCAGCACUACAUGGGACCAGGAAGUAGAGUAGAAGAGAGGAAGCCGGAGGAAGCUCCUACCAAGGCCUCCCAACGACUGCUUCAGGAGUUCACUGUGGUGCUGAAGCUGAAGAAGGCCGUGCAUAAGCCCCAGGCCUUCCCCUCCCUCCAGCACCUUACUCGACUAACCAUCAAUAAACACACUGACUGUCCCACCAAACUGCCACUGCCAAGACCACUAAUGCGCUACCUGCAGGACUACCCAUUCCAGGUAUGACAAUCAACCCCAGGUAUGAUUCAGGCUGGGCUGAAUCACGGUUCUCAUCAAGAAGAACUGGCAUAGGGGUUUCCUUACACAAGGAAGCCCUGGGCAGUGAUUGCCCAUCGUGGAGUCUCUGCUGAUGUGAGGUCCAGUGACUUGAAACAAUCUGUCCCAGGAAAGAAUAUCCCGAUUUGGGAUUUUUAUUUUCCUCACAAAGGGCAGUGGGGUGUCACAUACCCCUGCAGGAGAUGGACUAGAAAUCACAACUCUGUACUGUAGAGUAUACUUAUUUUAUAAAGGAAGGGAAAUCUGUGCAGAUCUGCCUCCCCUUUGUAUGCUGCGGGUAUACCGUCUUUUCAUAAUAUGAGCUCUGAAUUUGAAAAUAAAAUGUAUUUUUAUUGUUUUCAUUAUGUUUCAAUAAACGUUGCAUUUUUUAUGUUAAAAGUCAAAAGUUUUCUAUUAAAAAGAUGACGCGUACAUGCCAA